CAUUGUCGAAUCAGCGUAACAGCUGCUUUGUUGAUGGGCGGGAACACGGGCGGAACUGCAGAUGCUGCACCUGCGCAGCUCUAGUCGGUUAUAAACGGGAACUAAAGCGACGUUGAGGAUAGGUUCGGUGAAUGUCAAAUGGAGUCAUUUCUAAAGACAAAAACGUAGACUGUCCACCCAUCCCUACUGUGAGGACUCCCAUCGCCUAAAGCCUACAGUAAACACAGUUCAGUAUGUAUCAGAUUGUACCAGUCGCCCCCAGGGAGCAGCAUCUGUCUGAGUGGGGUGAGAACUCGCCGCACAAGAAGCGAGCGAAUGAGGAAGCGCGCCCACUCAUUGUUGCAAGCGUGCUGGGCUGUGUGCUGGUUCUGGCUGCUGUGGUGGCCUGGUGCUACUACUCGGCAUCUCUUCGCAAAGCCCAGCUCAUGAAGACCGAACUGCUGGACCUCAACAAGGACGGUUUUGUCAUCCGCAACCAGGCAGGGGCUAUAAUUUUCGCCAUGACCUUCAGGUCCUCUACACUGGAUUUAGACUCCUGCAUCCAUGAGCAAAGUAUUCUAAGCUGCACUCAGUCACAUGCGGGCAAGAUUAACUUUUUUAUCCACGCAACUCGGCCAAAGGACACAGUUAUGUGUUACCGUGUCCGCUGGGAGCCUCUGGAAGACGAGCAUACAGUGGAGCACGCCAUGGUUUGCAAUGGCUCUCACUGGUACGGAGGUGCAGAGUCCGCUACCCAGCACUGGCCUAUCAGCAUCCGGGGCGAGAAGCAGCCGCAACCUUACAUCACCAGUGACAUCUCCAUCAAUCAUAACGCUUUUGGAGGGAUUCUGGAACGCUACUGGCUGUCGUCCAAUGCGGUCGCAAUCAAGAUAAAUGACUCGGUGCCGUUUCAUUUGGGCUGGUCAGAAAAGGAUAGGGCGCUUCACUUCCAGGCCCGCUACCAGGAUUCUCCUUUUAAACCACUAGUGGGCCAGCAGACCUUAGCAGAACUCAGCUACACAGUGUGUGCAGGAUCUGACGUCACCUCCAUUCAUAAAUACAUGGUGCGUCGCUAUUUCCCAAAGCCUGUCAAGGUUCCUUCUGCUGAUGUUUUCAAACACCCUGUGUGGUCCACUUGGGCUCUGUACAAUAAGUCUGUCACCCAGGAGAGGCUACUACAGUACGCCUCCGACAUCACCAAACAUGGCUUCAACUGCUCCCACUUGGAGCUGGAUGACUGUUACACCUCUGACUAUGGCGAGUUUGACUUUGACCUGCAGAAAUUCCCCAACGCCAGCGGUAUGUUUGACCAGCUUCGACAGGACGGCUUUCGGGUGACGCUGUGGACGCACCCGUUUAUCAACUACGACUCGGUCAACUUUGGAGUUGCCGUUGAGAACGAGCUGUUUGUCCGCGAGCCAGACGGCAAGCUACCUGCCCUCGUUCGCUGGUGGAACGGAAUCGGCGGAAUAUUGGACUUCACCAACCCAGAAGCACGGAACUGGUAUUCCUUCCACCUGGCCAAUCUCAAAGCCCAAUAUGGAAUAACGUCCUUUAAGUUCGACGCCGGGGAGACAAGUUAUCUCCCCGGACAGUUCAGAACUUUAGUCCCACUGACAGACCCCUCCACUUUCACGCGACGCUACACAGAGAUGGCCAUACCGUUUAGCGAGCAUGCCGAGCUGAGGGUGGGGUACCAAAGUCAGAACAUCUCCUGUUUCUACAGGAUUAUUGACAGAAACUCUGUGUGGGGUUACGAGCUCGGCCUCAAGUCCAUCAUCCCCACAGUUCUGACCAUCAGUAUCCUGGGGUACCAGUUUGUCCUGCCUGAUAUGAUAGGUGGGAAUGCCUACCCGGAGAAGAUGGCAGGAGGUUUAAAUGACGAGAACAAGCUGCCAGACCGAGAGCUGUACAUCAGAUGGUUGGAGCUGUCUGCCUUCAUGCCUGCUAUGCAGUUUUCUAUACCACCCUGGGACUAUGACCAGGAAGUGGUGGAGAUAGCACUAAAGUUCACAAAACUCCAUGAGACUCUUGUGGCCCCGAGAGUCCUGGAGCUGGCCAGCGAGGUCCUCAAGACUGGAGAUCCCAUAAUACGGCCCCUGUGGUGGAUCGCCAAUGACGAUGAGGUGGCUUACAAGAUCGACUCCCAGUUUCUGAUUGGAGACGACCUGAUGGUAGCUCCCGUGCUGGAGCCAGGCAAGCAGGAGAGGGACAUCUACUUGCCUGCGGGAAGGUGGAGAAGCUACAAGGGUGAACAUUUUGUUAAGGGCCCCACGUUCCUCACAGACUACCCUGUGGACCUUGACGAGGUAGCCUAUUUCAUAUGGGUUCAUUGAACUCAUCCAAGCAUUAAGCUGAGCCUCUCCAUGAUGUUUGCACUGAUGCUUUGUGAUAGAUCGCACACAUGCCAAAUAACAGCAGCAAUUUUAUUUCCAGGGAACGCGACCACUUGGCUUCUGCUGAGUGUUAGUGUUGGUGCACACCCUAUAUCUAAACAAGGAUGACCUCUAUUUCUAUAGAUAUUGAAUAGUUAUUAAGUUUUAACCUUUUCUUUUAGUAUCACACUUACAUGUCCUUAGUUGUACACUUCCUGUCGACAUCUGAUCUAAUUUGUGGAUAACUUUUUAAAAGUACAUGCUUGUGAUUGGCUGGCAAUCAGUCAGUCCAGGGUGUAGUCCACCUUUAGCCGAAACUCAGCUGUGAUAAGCUCCAGCUACCCGAGACCAUGAACAGGAAAAGGGGUGGAAAAUGAAUAGAUGUGUUUAAAAGUACAGCAUCUACAUAUUUGUUAAAUGUUUGUUAUUGCUUAGGGUGCAUUUAAAAGGUUGGUGAACAGGAACUGCUAUUUCAUGCCGUUUGUGUCUUUCUUGCCACUUUAGUAGCCUUCUGAACUAAGAUAAAGAAUGUUAAGCAAGUGUAUUGAUGGAAGACAGACAUUAAAUGUCUGAUAAAAUAAAUGCACAUGCCCAAAUGCCUUUUCUUCAACAUCAGCACUUAUCUGUUUCUUUUCAAGGUUCAAUGUUCCACUAUUUUCAACAGUUUUGAAUUAUGUCUUAAAGGAGCCACAGUAAGUGUGUUGGCCAAAAUGUAGCCUUGAUGCUGGAAUUCAGACAAAUGGGAACAUGCCAUUUUUGUGUGUCUGAAACUUACAUGCUAAUGAGCUUUGUUUGUCCAAGAAGUGCUAUUGUGUUAAAGAAAAUCUAAAAAAUAAAACACGCAGCUCUGAGUCUAGCUGACUAUAAACAGAUAGUUGGCAAAGUUCCAGGCUUUAUUUUAAGAUGUGCAGUGAAGCCUGCACUUGAAGCCAAGACCAUCUAGCUCAGAGCUUGUCAAAGGUUUUUUCUUCAUGACAUCGCAAAAAGCUGAGUUUAAAAUAGAGUUGGUGAUCAUAAACAGACUUUGGGAUCAAAAGAUCAUUAUAAGGGACCUAAGGUGCCAAUUUGUUGGGGGUCAGGGGUUGCAAUAGUACUUCCUUUAGGUGGGGCCAAGUCAUACAUAUUAACAAAAAUUGGGAAGGACUAUAACUACAGGUAACCCGAAUUGAUUAAAUACUUUGACUUCCUGUUUCCAUGCUGGUGCCAAAUUGAGCAAAUUAAUGCUGCAUGAAGAAGCUCUGCCAUAGCAUGAAUGGAGCUCAACUUCCUGUUGGCAUUGUGUGCUCUAGAAGUUGAAAAUAAAUCAGCAGCACCUCUGCUGGUGGCAGCCAGUAAUGCACUGCAUUUUGCCUCAAUAUAUUGUAUUCAAACGUGCUGCAAUAUACUUGAAAUGCCUUUUCUUCUAAGGAAUUUGAAAUGCUCCAUUUUUUAAGAAAGUUGUCUUGUUUUCCUUUUAUCUGUGUCUGUGGCACUGUUGGUGUUUGUUGCAAUGCUUUAAAUUAAAACAGCUGUUUUUUUUAAUGAAAUGUAUAAAGUCAUGCCUUACAUCCUGUUUGUCAAAUACUCACAGGUAAAAAACUAAAUUUUGCUCAAUCAUUUGCGAUUGUGACUUUGUUCAUAAGGCUCGAAAAGAACUUUGUAUACAAAUAAGGACACGAUAAUUGAGAAAACGUGGCACGGCAUCAUUGUACAGUAUGAGUCGAGGUACCUUUUUUGCCACAGUAAUUACUAAAAUUGCGGAAAGAAAAAAUAUUUUUGCAAUGAUUAGGGUUAUGGUCUUAGUUUAUUUUGAACAUGCAUAACAGUUACAAUAUGGUACAUCAAUUUUAAGAAAACCUCUUUUCCGUCUCAUAUAGCAUAUUAGUUCACUUCCUGCACUCAAUUAUCUAUUUGUAUCUAUUAUUUGAAUCACAAUUGAUCACAUUUUGUCCAUAAAUAACUCAUAAUUAGUAAUUAGACAAAUUAUAAUGAUAUCUAACCUACCAACAGUUUACAAACGAGUCAAAUUAUAUGAAACCAUGUGUUGAUCACAAAGAUAAUUAACGACAAGGUCAGGCUGAUUACAAAAAUAAAUACUAAUCAAAUAUACUGCAAAAGAAGAAACUCAAAAACUAUGCAAAAUAAAUGUACAUGCAAUAAAAGCAGUGCUAAAAUGUAUAUUUUUUUAAACUGAAUUUAUAAUCAAAUGCAAAUGGGAAUACAGCUUGACCACUUAAAUCAUAAUGUUUGCUCUUCAGAAACUUUUGUAUUACUUUAGGUACUUCUUCUGUUUGUUUGAGAUUGUCAUUACUGCCACAAGUGGUGGAAAAUGGUAUUACAGCUGAGUACCGCUGCGACCCAUACGGACCACGGCUGAAAAUCAUAUUUUUUGGCGGUCCCUUAGUGUGAUGUCGCGGCCCAACAAUGGGGCCUAUAGUUAUGAAACGCUGCCUUGGAUGGGACUGGGCAAAUUGUUUGCUUUACAGGUAUGCACAUGUUUGUUUAUUAAACAUGCUUUUUUAAACAGCUUAACACAAAAUGGACACAAAAACUUUUCCUGACAAUAAAAAAAAUUACCUGCAGUGCGCUGGUGUCGUGUCAGAUAUUAUGUCCCCGACAUCAUUUGUAUCUCCUACUGCUGGAACACUUGCAUUCAGAGGGGUGGUGUCACACUUACGUGUUUACAGUAGAUACUAGUUUAGUGCAUCAUUAACACAAAAUGUGGAUUGUUACGAUCGCGCCUUGAUUUAAAGAAAAUUGGCAAUGUAAACUUUUAUAUACCUGUGAUCAAUAAAUGCUUCUGAUAUUCUGUACACUAUGUGUUGUACACGUUUUAUUAUAUUUAUAUCUCUGCAUGACACAGUCUUAGUCUUCUCUAGUUUGUAAUAACGUGUAAUAUUGCUAGGCGACCAGCCUGCUAAAGACUAAUUGA